AUGAAUAAAAACAACCUUUUAGUUUAAAGAAAAAUUAAAGAGAUUUUAAUUAGUAAAUUUAUUUAGUAAUUGAAUAUUGCUUUGCUUAUUAGAUUUAUAAGUAUAAAUCUUAUUUACAAUUAGUAAUUCCAAGUAAUAAUUAAUUAAUUGUCAUUAAAUAAUUCAUAGAUCAAAUAAAUAUUUAAUACAAUCUUAAAUUCUACUUAAUUUUAAAACCAAUAUGCUAUGAUUGAGGAAGGAUAGGAUUUAAGAAAGUAAAUCUUCAAGCUUUAGGUUUAAAGAAAUAAAUUGUUGCAUAAGAACUAAUCUUUGAACAUUAAUGAUCAUCCUCAUUUAAAUUAGACGAGUGAUGAUUCAAAUAAAUAAAAAGAUGCACAAGAUAAUAUUUUGAAUUAAAAUGGUGAUAAUAAAUCUAGUUCUAAUUUACUUCACGACCAGGAAGGAUUAAAUAGGAUGAUUCGUUAGAAAGUUAAAUCGAUGACUAUAUAGACUGCAAGAACUUUAAAAUUAGAAGAAGAUUUGAGUCAAGAGAAGGAGCAAAAGUAAAUUUCUUUUGGAUAAGUUUAUAGAUAGAGCUCAUUUUAAAGAUAAGACUCUGUAUUUGAUGAGAAUUUAUUUUAAGAUUAAAUGUAUAACUCUCAUGGUUAGGAUUUUGAUCAUGUACCUUCUAAAUACUAAAAAAAAGAUAGAUCAAAAGUAUUGCAGCUCAUGAAUUAAGGAGUUAUCAAGCAAUUUAGUGAGUAACCUUCUUAGACUUUUGUUGAUAAAGAAGAAAUAAUUAAAAAAAUUCGUACAAUUCUUGCAAAAGACUAAAAAGAGCGUGAUGAAACUGAUUUAAAUUUUUUAUAAGACUGUUAUGGCGAGAGAAUAGACUUCUUUAAAGUAAUAUCAGGUAGAUAUGGUCUUUCAGCUUUAAAAAAUGUUUUUAAAGUGAUGAAAUAUGAAACUUUUCAAAAAGGAGAUAAAAUAUUUUAGAUUGGUGAUAAAGGAGAUAAAUUUUACAUAAUACUUUCUGGUAAGGUUAAAGUCACCAUUCCUAAGAAAUAAAUUUAAGAUGCUUAAGCAAAUUUAUAGGCUCUUUCUAGGAUUUCUAGUUUUAUGAAUCCUCAAAUUUCUCCAAAAAGGUAGAGCAUGAUGAGCUCUCCAAAAAAUUAGUUAAAGAAGAAUAGCUAAUUAAUAUCAAUAAAUUCAAUCAGUGAGCCAUUUUAGAAAAUAUUAAAUUAAAGUAAUUCUUUUCGAGGAAAGAAAUCUUCCCAAAUAUUUAUUAAAAUGAGUGAGUUCUAGUAAAAUUCUAUCGCAAUUUAAAAAAGGAGACUAAGUAAGUUACUCUUAGAUCAAAGAAGUUCUCUAUAAAAUACAAAUCAAGAAAGUUAUGACCCUAAAGAUUAUCUAGAAGAAUUAAGUAAUAAAUAUAACAUAGUAAGAGAGCUUGGAAAAGGUGAAUCAUUCGGAGAAAUGUCAAUGCAAAUAAAGUAAAAUAAUUAAAGAAAUACAACUGUUUUUGCAGAUGAAAAAUGUGAGUUGGCUGUCAUCUCUAGAAAUGACUAUAUGGAAAUUAUUACACCCUUUCAAUAAGGCGAUGCCGAAGAAAAACUAGAUUUUCUAUAAAAUAUUCCUUAUUUUCAAAAUUGGGAUAAAAAAGACCUAAGGAUAUUGAGUUACUCUCUCGAAUUAUAACAAGUGCCAAAAGGCUCAUUUUUAUACAAGGAGGAAGAUAAUUCAAACUAUUUGUAUAUGAUACAACAUGGUAAUACAUACAUACAUACUUCAAAUUUUCUAUUGCUUAUUUAUUACUUAAUUUUAUUCAACAAUUUACAAAUCAAUAAAAUAAAUGGAUUUUCGAUAUACUCAUCAAAAUCGUCUUGA